GCUCUGCCGUGACUCCCGGCGCCAUGGCGGACCUGCCCGCUGAGGCGGCCCCGGCCCCGGCCCCCGCCCUGCCGCUGCCGGCCCCGCCGGGCGGCUCGCAGCGCCUCCUCUUCUCGCACGACCUGGUGUCGGGCCGCUACCGCGGCUCCGUGCGCUUCGGCCUGGUGCGCCUCAUCCACGGCGAGGACUCGGAGGAGGACUCGGAUGAGGGCGGCCGAGGCACCGGCGGCGGCGCCGCCAGCUCGGGAGGCUCCGAGUCCGGGGGGCCCGGCACCGGCGGCGCGGAGGAGGGCCGCGCCAGCCCGCUGCGGCGGGGCUACGUGCGGGUGCAGUGGUACCCGGAGGGCAUCAAGCAGCACGUCAAGGAGACCAAGCUGAAGCUUGAAGAUCGCUCUGUGGUCCCUCGAGAUGUGGUCAGACAUAUGAGCUCCAGCGACAGCCAGUGUGGAACUGUAAUUGAUGUCAACAUAGAGUGUGCUGUGAAGUUGGUAGGAACCAACUGCAUCCUCUACCCUGUCAACAGUAAAGAUCUGCAACAUAUCUGGCCUUUCAUGUAUGGUGACUACAUAGCCUAUGACUGCUGGCUGGGCAAGGUCUAUGAUUUGAAGAACCAGGUCAUCCUCAAGCUUUCCAAUGGAGCCAGGUGUUCUAUGAGCACAGAAGAUGGAGCCAAGCUGUAUGAUGUCUGUCCUCAUGUCAGUGACUCGGGUCUCUUCUUUGAUGAUUCAUAUGGCUUCUAUCCUGGGCAAGUCCUCAUUGGGCCUUCUAAAGUCUUCUCCAGCGUGCAGUGGCUGUCGGGUGUGAAGCCUGUUCUGAGCACAAAGAGCAAGUUCAGAGUGGUGGUGGAAGAGGUACAGGUGGUGGAACUAAAGGUUACCUGGAUCACUAAAAGUUUCUGUCCUGGAGGUACUGACAGUGUGAGCCCUCCUCCCUCAGUAAUCAGCCAAGAGAAGCUGUCCAGGGUAAAGCGGCUGGGGUGCUUUGACCAUGCCCAAAGGCAGCUUGGAGAAAGGUGUCUCUAUGUGUUCCCAGACAAAGUGGAACCUGCUAAAAUCACCUGUGAAUGUCCCGAAAGGAACUGUGUUCUGGGUGAAGGGUCAGUUGCCAAAAAGGUGAGGCGGCUGCUGAAGAAGCAGAUAGUGAAGAUCAUGUCCUGCUCCCCAGAGUCUCAGGGUACCAGUGAGUCCCCUGACAAAGAGGCUGCUGCAGCUGAUGACCAAAAGUCAGAAGAGCUUAAGCCUGAAUCUAAGUGUGAGCUGGAUGACUCUCCUACCAGUGCACCGAGUCCUGAGGAGAGCAAGGAGGAGCAGCCAGAGGAAACAGGGAAGGAGAAAGAGGGAGCAGCAGCACGACAGCAGCCUCCCUUUCUGCUGAAAGACGAAGGGUUGUCCGACUACCGGCUUCAGUCCAUGGAGCAGGAUGCUGAUGAUGAAGCAGCCGAUGACACUGAUGACACGAGCUCUGUCACCUCUUCUGCUAGCUCCACGGCCUCAUCCCAGAGUGGCAGCGGCACUGGGCGCAAGAAGAGCAUCCCUCUUUCCAUCAAAAACUUGAAGCGGAAGCACAAGAAGAAGAAGACAAAAGUCUCCCGAGAGUUUAAGCCAGGAGACAGGGUUGCUGUGGAAGUGGUGACCACGAUGACUUCGGCUGACGUGAUGUGGCAGGAUGGCACCGUGGAGACAAACAUCCGCUCCAACGAGCUGAUUCCCGUCCAUCAUCUGGACAACAACGAGUUCUGCCCUGGGGACUUUGUGGUGGACAAAAGAGCUCAGAGCUCCCAGGACCCUGGCUUAUAUGGAGUCGUGCAAUCUGGUGACCAUAUUGGCCGUACCUGCGUGGUGAAGUGGUUCAAGUUGAAAUCCAGUGGAGAUGAUGUGGAGCUGAUCGGGGAGGAGGAGGAUGUGAGUGUGUAUGAUAUUGCUGACCACCCAGACUUCCGCUUCCGCACCACUGACAUCGUGAUCCGCAUUGGCAACUCGGAUGGAGCCACAGCUAAGGAGGAUGAGCCUUCAGUCGGACAAGUGGCUCGUGUGGAUGUCAGCAGUAAAGUGGAAGUGGUGUGGGCUGAUAACUCCAAGACUAUUAUUCUGCCUCAGCACUUGUACAACAUAGAAUCAGAAAUUGAGGAGUCAGACUAUGACUCUGUUGACGGCAGCACCAGUGGAGCAUCCUCAGAGUGGGAGGAUGAAAGCGACAGCUGGGAGACAGACAAUGGCCUCAUGGAGGACGACCACCCAAAAAUUGAGGAGUUAGAGCCUGAGGAGCCAGCGGCAGAGGAGGUGAAGAAAGUAGAGGAACAAGUCCAGGGAGCUGUGGCUAUGGCUGUUGCAGAUCUGGCUGCAGAAAAAGGCGUUAAGGAAAGAGCCCCCAAGAGCUUCCGCGAGCUAAAGGAGGCCAUCAAGAUCUUGGAGAGCCUGAAGAACAUGACUGUGGAGCAGCUGCUGACUGUGUCUCCCACCUCCCCGACUGUGGAGCUGGAAAAACCCACUCGGGAGAAGAAGUUCUUGGAUGAUAUUAAAAAGCUGCAGGAGAAUCUAAAGAAAACCCUGGAUAACGUGGCUAUUGCAGAGGAGGAGAAGAUGGAAGCUAUGGUGGAAACAGAAAAGAAAGAAGAAAAAGCAGAGGCACAGACACCGGUGAGGUCCGAGUGGCCCAGUGAGACACCAGUGCUGUGCCAGCAGAGUGGAGGCAAGCCCGGAGUCACCUUCACCAGUGCCAAGGGAGAAGUCUUCUCUGUGUUGGAGUACGCUCCAGAUACCCAUGCCUUCAAGAAAAUGGAGUUCCAGCCCCCAGAAGCAAAGAAGUUCUUUAGCACCGUGCGGAAGGAGAUGGCUCUGCUGGCCACCUCCCUGCCUGAUGGCAUCAUGGUGAAGACCUUUGAGGACCGAAUGGAUCUCUUCUCAGCACUUAUAAAAGGGCCCACACGCACGCCCUAUGAAGACGGGCUCUUCCUCUUCGAUAUCCAGCUCCCCAACAUCUACCCUGCUGUCCCUCCUCUCUUCCGCUACCUCUCCCAGUGCAGUGGGAGGCUGAAUCCCAACCUGUAUGACAAUGGCAAAGUGUGUGUCAGCCUCCUGGGGACGUGGAUAGGCAAGGGGACAGAAAGAUGGACCAGUAAAUCCAGCCUCCUUCAAGUGCUCAUCUCUAUCCAAGGCCUCAUCCUGGUGAACGAGCCCUACUACAACGAGGCAGGCUUCGACAGUGACCGGGGCCUGCAGGAGGGCUACGAGAACAGUCGCUGCUACAACGAGAUGACGCUGAUCCGCGUGGUGCAGUCCAUGAUGCAGCUGCUCCGCCGGCCCGUGGAGGUCUUCGAGCACGAGAUCCGGGAGCACUUCCGCUGCCACGGCUGGCGCCUGGUGUCCCGCAUCGAGUCCUGGCUGGAGACCAACGAGCUGGUGGAGCGGAGCCACGAACAGGCCAACGGGGCGGAUUCUGCCUCCCUUUGCUCGGCAGGCAGCGCCCCGGCCGAGAGCCCGGGGGACAAUGCGGGAUCGCAGGGGGAAUACGGGAGCAGCUCGGAGCAGGGAGCGGCCGCUGAGCUUUCCGACUCGGCGCUGGACGGGAAGGAGGAGCUGGAUGAGUCGGAGUUCACAGCCUCGAUGCCCAACGCUGCUGAUGCCCAGCAGUACUCGGACUCGGAGAGCGCAGCCCAAGCCAGGGGGGCAGACCUGGCCAGAGACCGAACGGACGAGGGGAAGGCUGCCCAGGACUCUGCCGUGCAGCCCAGCGUGAAACCAAAGAAAAGGAGGAAGAGCUACAGGAGUUUCCUUCCGGAAAAGAGCGGUUACCCUGACAUUGGGUUCCCCCUCUUCCCUUUGUCCAAGGGGUUCAUUAAAAGCAUCCGUGGUGUCUUGCAGCAGUACCGGGCUGCCUUAGCAGGGGCCAAUAUCCCAGAGUGGACCGAGGACAAAUAAACCAUCAGGUUAGGGACAGGCAGGUGCAGGGGAGAAGGGAAAGCAGCAGAAAGGAAAUAGGCAGAUGCUGUCACCAGUAAACUGGCUUCUCCUUCCAGCUUUUCUUCCUCAGCUUGGUUUGUUCCAAAGAAGGUGGUAGGCCUGACUGCUCCUCCCAGGAAAGGUUGUCUAAGCAUGAAUAACUCUUUGCCCCAGCCCUUCUUCCUUCCCCCCCCACCUCCCAUGUACGUGUUCCUUUUGCAAGUUUGACCCUGCAAUGGUAAGAUUUGAGACCUGCACAGAAGCAGUCUUGCAGCCACAUUCCCUUCUGCACUUUCAUCUUGGGGCACCUUUCCACACAAGGACUCUUCCCACCCAUCAGUUUAUUCUGGUGGGCUUCAAGCCAGGAGAAGUGAUUGCUGUAGGAUCUGGAAGUGAAGGGCAAUGCCCUCCCGGUCUCUCGUUUUUCUCUGCGUUACCAUGGGUUUUAUGAAACCUGCCCCAGCUUUCCUGUUCUUAGACAUGGGAUUGCGUUUGCAUUGAGGUUGUCUGCACCAUACAGAGUCGCUCUGGUCUUAGUUCACAAAUAGCUACGAGGUCGUUGCAGUCAGGACUUGGUAGGCAGAACCAGAGCUCUGAACUGGCACUUGUGCUGCCCUGGUAGUGCUGCAGGGUUUCCAUCCAGUUCUGCAACUCCUCGUCAGCCUCCUUGAAGCAAUUCUCGCCACCCCCGCUUCUUUUUGGCCAGGGUAAGGCAAACUUCCCUUUCCCCCAGCACGCAUGCUGCCUGUCUUCUAGAAAUACAUGGGAUUCAGGGUUCUGCCCUUGUGACUUGCUUCGGUAGCAGCAUCCUUCAUUCCCAGCCAAUCCAGGCUGUCACACAGCACUAACCUACCCCUGGAUCUCAGCCUCGCCUGGGCAGCAGCAGCGAGUGGUCCUGGGGCACGUUGUAGAUCCCGAAGCUACUCUUGGUGGUGAAUCUGGUGUGGCUGCUCCUCCAUCAGCUGUAGAUGGGUAUUUUGGAGCUGUUGGAGCCAGGGCCCCCCCCGGGACAGGAGCUAUGGUGUGGUGACGAGGUCCUGUCAUAGCAGCAGCAGUUUGUGCCUGUUCUGUGCUGUUAGCAGCUGGGGCACUGUUAUCAGUUCCUUCCCUUGCCAGGGUGGCCUGGGUCCGCUGUGGGCACAGCUCAUCCUGUCCCUGAUCUCCACGGUCCCUCUCGGGACACUCUCAGCCCCUGCUCCAGCAGGGAGAGCUGCUGACCCUGAGCACUUUGAAGCAGUGACUGUGCCGGAGUGCCCUGCUCAAGGCACCUUCCUGAAGCCUCUUUUCCUGUGCACACACCUUUACCUUCACUUCUGGAGCUGGGACAUCGCUCUCCAGCACCACUGCAUUGCCCAGCGUUCAGGCAUUGGAGGAGCUCCCACCUGGCAUCCCUGUGGAGCACAGCCUGUCAGGGAGAGGCUGCUGGACCUCCAGCAGUGCCAGGCUCCCCGGAGGAGUCGGGCUGAGCAGAUGGCUCUGCCACAAGUGAGGAUGGAGCCAAACCCUCCUUUGCUCUUGCUCACUGUGGCUCUGGUCCCUUCCCCUUGCCCAGGCCAGGCUCUGGCCUCUUCUCAGUUUGAAGCAGGGAGGUGCAGGUGCCUCUCAGCCCGUUUGCACGGUGCUUCCUGCUCCUUGAACCAGCAGAGCCUGCACCCGCUGUCCCAAACCCCCUCCCGUGCCCCUCUGCCUGCUCUUCCCUGCUGCCCCCGUGCUCCGGGCAGCACAAAGCCCUUGUGGUGUCCCCAUCCUCUGCUGGGUCUCGGGAGCCGCAUCCUGCCCUUGGUGCUCUGCAGGGAGCAGGGUUGGCUGCGGGCAGAGCCCUCGGGCAGCAGCCCUGCAGGUGGAUGGGCUGAGCAGUGGGGCAGACCCUCACUGGGGUGCAGGGGGUGCUUUGGGGCACGGGCAGUGUGAGCCAAGCAUUAACUCCUGGCCACGUUCUGGUGCUAACUGCAUGAAUCCCUUGAGCAAAGAGCAGGGGCAUCUCCACCAUGGAUGGGGUGACUUGGGGCAGAGGGCUGGGAGGCUGCUUGUGCCCAGGGAUGAAACCUCUGAAGAGACCAAACUGCUGUUGGUCCUCCACAGACACCGAUUUCCUCUGUCCCCUGUGGCUGCCCUCAUAGCCCCAGCGGCCAGAGAGGGAGAAAACCCUUUUGGGAUGAGGAGGGAGCAGCUCCAGGGCUCCCUGCUUUGCCCACCCUUUGCUCUCAUCUCCCAGCGAAGGCCGUCCCCUUCGCCCAAGUAAUCUCUUUGUUUCCUCUGACCUGACCCAAGAGCUUUGCACAGGCUCCCUGCACGGUGCAUUGGCCGUGGGGUGCAUUGGCCGUGGGGCAGGGGCCGGUGCCCCCCUGCACUGCCCCACGCGAGGCGUACCCAGAGGUUUACACGUUUUCUAAAGCUUUUGAUAAUGUGAAGCUGGGGGCAGGUGCUGGGGGCAGGGUGCUGGGCACAGCCGUGUAUUUUGUGUAUAUGUAAUAUUUAAGGAGAACACUUUAAAAAGCUAAAACCUGGGGAAAAAAAAAAAAAAAGUGGGAAAAAAAAACAACGAAAAAAACAACCCCAAAAAAAGCCAAAGCAUGAUGCUUAUUGUCAGCCUUAACCCGGCUCCGGGCUCUGUGAUCAUGUACAAUGAGAGCGGGCUGGAAGUGCAGCGCGGGGCAGGGGGAAGGAGCCAUUGCAAACCCCCUUUGUAGCCUUGGUUCUGUACAGUAUUUAAUGAAGACAACAGCCCCAGCCCUGCCCUUGAGGCCAUGCUUAGAGGUGUCGUCCCCGUGCAGAUGUGGGUGCUUGGUUGCUUACGGUAUCUGUAUAAAGUGCUGUGUGCCCAUUCGGACUUUUUUUACCUGCAGAACUUGUUUUGUUUGGCUAACCCGGGUGUAAUAAAGGAGGGAAGAUGACUUGCCAUUAAA